AUGGCUUCUGGGUUUUGGCUUGGAGUGUUCUUGCUCCUGUCGACAUGGUUGAAGUUGAAGUGCCUUGAAACUCCAAAUGGAGUAUUUGACAUGGCGUGCCGGGAUCGAUACUUGAAGAUAGCUAUUGCUCUCUCCUUUACUGGGGAUGAUCCUCACUUUGAGGCUGUUGAUGACCAAGGUGUUCACCCCAUCACUGAACGUUAUGCAGCAGAAUGUGGCUACAGCAUCGACACGUUCCCCUUACCGGGCCAUAUUGAGUUCCGUGCUUCAUACUUCUCCUGUCAUGCAUACAAUCAAGAUGAUCAAGUGUUCCACUUCAAAUUUAACCUAGUUACAACCACUGACAAAGGACAGGUGGUUAGAUAUGAUAUUGAUAAGACCUGUUCUCCUUCACUCCCCUGGUCUCCCAAGGAGGUUACCUGUGAGACCAACUACAUGGAAGCAUCUGUGAGGAGUGAUAUGACCUGUCCAUCUGGUACCAAUAACGGUGACUGGAAUACCAGCCUUACAACUGCCUAUCUCUCGGCCAUUUCUGACUGGCAGGUGAUGUUCCAGGGGAAGGGGGAACUGGCUCCCAUGACCCUCACUGAAGCUCGUGAGCAGGGCUAUGUAUUUGAUGUGACUGAUGGAAGACUCAUUUUCCGUACCCCGUAUGGACAACCUCACUCAUUCACCACCAUGGUGGGUGGUGUGACCAUGGAGGUAGUCCACCCAACAGCCUUCUCUAGACAGAACUGGAUAGUCGUCCUCGUAGAUCUGGUGGCAGCUUGCUCCAUUGAUGAAGGUUACUACGAUGGCAGCAAUCUGGUUUGGGAGACCCCUGAAGUACCAUCCCCUCUAGUCUUCGGUCUCUCCAGUUUGGAAAACCAGCAGAUCAAUGUUGGAGUCAAUGGCCAACUCUUGAAGCAGCCAGUUGCAGAGGAAAGGGGAUACCAUGUGGUUAUGCACAAUGGUGCAAUCCGGAUUAGCAUCCCUUAUAAUGCUGAGGGAACCUACAGGAAGAGCUUUGUGACUGACAACCAGUAUCAAGAGUUCUUUGUUUUCCAUCUGUACUUCGAACAACUCUUGGUGGAUGAGAAUUCUGUAGAGACCAGGCUUCGCAUCUACAGACCAAUUGCCACACCUCUGCUGUCGCAUCCUGUGCUUGCUGUAAACCGAACGGUUAUUGAGGAACGUGUGUUCACGGUGUACCUCGGCAAUUUCCCUGAGGAUGUGGUGUUGGUAGCUGUGAAGCUAAAUGGACAUGACUUUGCUGUGCCACUUGUAAAUGACAGCGCGUACACAAUCUCAAGAGUCCCUCAGGCCAAUGCCACUCAUGGCUACACACUCACGGUGCCAUUUGAUGACCCUGUUGUCUCAAUGGAGCUAUUCAACAACGGCAUCCUGCAGUUCACAUUGAAUAUAAACUACACCCUGACUGUUCUGCCUGAAGAUGAGCCUUACUGCCACCUAACAUCAGUUGUUGCACAGAUAACUGCUGUCUUCCCUCCAGCCUUUCAGGCCAUCUGUUCUGAGCAAGGCAUCCGCUUUAAGCUAGACCACCAGCCUUUUGACUAUCUGUGGGAGAUUUAUAUCGGCAGAGACCCCCUCACCCCAGAGCUGGCUGCCCAACUAGGUUACAUGAUGCAAAACGACAGUGAGACACUGCUCUUGGAUGUGCCAGUAUUUUCACCAGGCUACAUUUAUGAGGAAAUUGGUUUGAAAGCUUUCUUUGCUACCUUUGAGAUCCUCAUCAAGCAUCGUAGGACCUUGACAGUCCAUGGCUCCGCGGUCAAAACCUGUCAGUUCCCUACUACUGAACUAAUUGUGUGUUCCCAUGAUGGGAAGAUGACUGCAGUUGCUGAUGUGUCACUGGCCAUGCCAGAUGGAGUGCUUUCUAGGACCUCCCUCCUGGACCCAAAUUGUGGUCCCAAAGAUACCGAUUACUCCAAAGCUCUGUUCUCAUGUCAGUUGAACACUUGUGGAACCAGAGUUAAGCUUGGCAAAGGUCACAUUGUCUAUGAAAAUGAGAUUGUCGUCAGCCGGAAACUACCUGCUGCUUCCAGGAAUGAUACUGACAAGGUGACGCUCCAGUGUGUCUAUCGCCUAUCUGGACUCCACCGCCUCUUCUCAAUGCACAAGUUUGUGUCUGACAUGCCUGGUGUAGGAAGCAUAAUUCAUUCCAAACACUCUGUGCAAAGUCAACAGACCACUCUGCCUCCCACCACCAAGCACACUACAACUGAGCCCACUGCAACCUCUCAGAAACCUACAAUAAAACGACCAGUCUUCCAGUCCGCUGCUCAUUACGUCAAAGUGUUCGAUGUGCUGAAGGACUUGUCGGACACCUUGUCAUGGCAGACCAGGAAAAGGUCUGACACCUCACAGCAGACCAGGAAAAGGUCUGUAUAA